AUGCCAGACUUGGGAGUACAGAGGAAGCUCUUUGAUUUCUAUGAUGACAGUGAUGAAACAUCUGCCGCGAUCUACAACCAGAUAGUUACCAAGCUGGAGGAAAACGGACUGGGACUAGACAUGAUAUCUGCGUAUUCCGCUGACAAUGCUAGUGUGAAUUACGGGAGAUACAACUCUGUCUUCCAGAAACUGAAAGAGAACAACAAUUGCAUUUUGAAGGCAAACUGUGUGGCCCACAUCGUUCACAACAGUGCAAAACACGCAGGAGAUCGGCUACAUAUCGACAUCGAAAAUGUCGUCAACAAGACCUUUAGCCACUUCUCCUCAUCUGCCAAACGCAUUGAGGAACUUAAAUCAAUUCACACCUUUGUGGAGACAGAGUACCAGUCCCUGCUUAGACAUGUGCCCACAAGAUGGCUGAGCUUGUGGCCUGCAGUGAAGAGGCUUCACGACAGCUGGGCUCCUAUCAAAACCUACUUUCUCUCUUUGGGAGAAGACGAGUGCCCAAAGUCACUAUGGCGGCUGUUCAAGGAUGACCAGGAUGGUGAGGGCAACCCCCUUGAUCUACAGGUUUACCUGUCCUUCCUCAGCAAUGCGCUGAAGAAUUUCUACGACACUGUGCUGGUGCUGGAGCGAGAAGAUGGGACUGUCUGUGAGCUCUACGAUAUGAUGUUCACCCUAAAAACCAAGCUACAGCAACGACAGAGUGAUGGUUUCUUUGGGGCCCAGACGGAUGUACUCCUCCAGCAGUUUCCAGACAGACAGGCAGCUGUGCUCAGAGAGGACAUGUGCAACUUCUACCAGUCCUCCCUCACCUACCUGGAGCAGCGCUAUGACUUCUCAGACUCCAACUACCAGAAGAAAUUGGCUAGCCUGGCACUAAAGAAAAGCCCAUUUAACUUCUCCCAUCUCUCUGGACAUGGAUGCGCUAUAUGA